GACGAGGACAUCCAUGUUGCGAGGGGGGAGAGCGAUUUGUGUGGCCAGAGGGAGCGCCUUAAGUUAAGACUAAGAGCACCCAAGUUAAUCACUGAGAUUUGAGGAGGUUAAGGCGACUACUUAUAAACCCUAAUCAAAACCCCCAACCCUAAGCCUCGUUUGCUCUGAAUCGUCUUCCUUUUGGAUUGUCCCGUUGCUAAGUAUAUCACUCAAACAAUCUGAUUUCGAAAUUUCUGAGUAAAGAUGGCUCCUGUUUGUCAAACUUGUGGUGACAUUGGUUUUGAAGAAGCACUAGUUUUUUGUGACUCUUAUAAGAUUGAGGGUAUACACCGUUAUUGUGUGGGCAUAACACCGGCUCCUUUUACGGAAUACAUAACUUGGAUAUGCGAGGACUGUUAUGAGAGUGAAAUUGAGUCUGAUAGCAUAGAAGUUGACCAGACUGCUAAGCUUACACAUAUAUUGAAGAAGUGUGACAGAAAAAGGAAGAAGAAGAAGAGAAAAGGAAGCAGCAAUCACACCUGCCCAGUUUUAGCUGAGGACCAUGGGCUCCAGGAUGCUACCAAUGUUGAACCUAUGGAGGUGUCUUCUUCACCAAUUAAAGAAACAGUGGAGUCUAACUCUGGUACAGACCAUAACGCUGGUACCAGCAAAAGGACUGACAUCAGCUUAAUUGUAAGUCUUCUUCCGAUCUGUUUUGUCAAUUUCUAGGGGUUGAUGUCUGUAAAAGGAAAGAACAGCUAUAGCUUUGAUGGGAUUGCUGCUCAUCUAUCAAGCUUAGCCUGCCCUAUAGUUCAUGAAAAGGCAAGCUCGUUAUGGGGCUGCCUCUCUGCUGAAAUGUUUCCCAGGAUGGAAAUAUGGCCAAAAACCUUUCUGAAGAAUGGAGGACCUAAGGACGAUAGUGUUGCUCUUUUUUUCUUCCCUAGUUCCCUUCCAGUCAAAGUAAUGAUGAAAAGACUUUCUAUUCCCUUGUUGGUGAAAUGGAGAAGAAUGAUUUGGCGAUGAGAUGCCUGCUUGAUGAUGCAGAACUGCUACUUUUCACCUCUUUUAUGUUACCAGUGGAUUUUUGGUCUUUUAACUCAAAGGACUACCUGUGGGGUGUCUUCAAGCCCAGACGUACUCCUCCACAUUAGUCACUAGACUCGCUACCUUUAAGAGUCUUUGCAUUUGAGCAAGGUUAACAAACAGAUGAGAAAGCUUGGUGGUGUAAUUGUUGAUAGUUAGCCAGACUCUGUACAGAAUCUACUUGAGUUGGCAUCCUUAAUAGCAUAUCUUUGUCUCUUUUUGGUGGUUUUGUGCGACCGAUUAGUCAAAUGAGUGGUAACUUUGAGAUCGUCCUGAUUGUCGAACUUGAUAUUGAUAUAGUACCUUCCUAGACAGUAACCUAGUCUGAGAAAA